CCUGCCUAGAGGCCACUCCCGGCCCCACAAUGCACUGCGUGGUGCGUCACUCGGAGCGGCCCGUCCAGGUUCUACAGGUCUUCUCUGUCGGUUGCAAUGUCUGUGAUCUUGUCUGCCUCAGUUGUUCGUGUCCGAGAUGGAUUGCCGCUUUCUGCUUCUACUGAUUGUGAGCAGAGCUCGGGAAUGCAGGCGUGCAGGAAGUAUUUUAAAAUGCUCUCGAGAAGACUUGCUCAACUUCCCGAUAGAUGUAUACUGAAAGCUGGACAUUAUAACAUUAAUUUUAUUAGCUCUCUGGGAGUGAGCUACAUGAUGUUGUGCACUGAAAAUUACCCAAAUGUUCUCGCCUUCUCUUUCCUGGAUGAGCUUCAGAAGGAGUUUAUUACUACUUACAACGUGAUGAAGACAAAUACUGCUGUCAGACCAUACUGUUUCAUUGAAUUUGAUAACUUCAUUCAGAGGACCAAGCAACGAUAUAAUAAUCCCAGGUCUCUUUCAACAAAAAUAAAUCUGUCUGACAUGCAGAUGGAAAUCAAGCUAAGGCCCCCUUACCAAAUUCCCAUGUGUGAACUGGGGCCGGCCAAUGGAGUAGCAUCUGCAUUUUCUGUCGAUUAUAAAGGUGCUGGUAAGAUUUCUUCUGCUCACCAGCGACUGGAACCAGCAACUUUAUCGGGGAUUGUGGCAUUUAUCCUUAGUCUUUUAUGUGGAGCUCUCAAUUUAAUUCGAGGCUUUCAUGCUAUAGAAAGUCUCCUACAGAGUGAUGGUGAGGAUUUUAAUUACAUCAUCGCAUUUUUCCUUGGAACAGCAGCCUGCCUCUACCAGAUCUGGCUGAGGCAAGCCCAAGGCAAAGCUCCCGAUUAUGAUGUCUGACACCCUCCUUCAGAUGUGUUGCCUUGGCUUCGGGGGAAGAAGAGGGGACAUACCUUAACUGCCACUGUGAUGAAGAAACCAGUCACCACAAAUGAGAAGCUCUGCAUUCUUUUUCUCCAAUCUUCCUGUUUUUAAAUCAACAUGUCAUGCCUGUGAGCAUGCAAGAUCUCAUAGGGAAACACUUCUCUGAAGAAUUUUGGCAGUGAGCUUAUAGAGAGGAAGACGAGGAGCCUUGUCUCUUCACAGCUGUAAGAGUGGAAGAAGUCAGACUUCACCUGAAGACCUGGCUGGCUGUCCUGAGUCCUCGCAUGAACUCAGUCAUAACAAAGACAUGGAAUUGCUGAGGACCAAGCAGGCACUGCACUCCAAGUUUGCCUUUGUGAGGCAUCACCAUAGACCAAAUAAAAAAGAUGCUGCAGCAAUCGGAAAGUCCAUGUCUUACAACAGAUGACUGUGCUAAAUAUCAGAUUAUUUGUAUAUUUAUAGUAGUAAGAUUUUAUGAGUUCAGGGUGGUAUAGAACUGAUUCUUUUGCUUUUCUGUUUUUGCCUAAGUCCUAACUCUGGAAAUUACCUGGUAUAGGAGAAAGCUAUGGUGAGUUUAUCUCUGGAACAUCACAAGUAUUAAAAGCACA